AUGAUGCUGCCCAAGACAGCUCUUGCUGUCGCCGCUCUGGCGCUCAGCCCUGUGAAUGCCAUCUGGCCCAUCCCCGUUAGCUCCAACCUGGGAAAGGAGACUCUCUUCCUUGAUCAGACCGUCAAGGUCACCUACAACGGCCAGGAUCUCGCCUACGCCGUUGGCUACACUCACCCCAAGGGAACCAAGUUCGACUCCAAGUCCAUCGUUCAGGGUGGUCUUGAGCGUGCCUUCAGCGCCAUCUUCCAGACCGGCCUGAACCCCUGGAUGCUCCGCGAGCGCGGCUCCAGCUUCGAGCCCCAGGCCGGCAACGGCUCCUACAUCAAGACCCUAGAGAUCAAGCAGACUGGCAACGACACCCAGAAGACCUGGAACGGUGUUGCCGGCUCCGUCGAUGAGUCCUACAAGCUGUCCCUCGACGGCGACAAGGCCAGCAUCUCCGCCGUCUCCGCCAUCGGCGUCCUCCACGCCCUCGAGACCUUCCAGCAGCUUUUCUACAAGCACUCCGACGGCCAGCACUACUACACCACGUCCGCCCCCGUCGAGAUCGAGGAUGCCCCCAAAUACCCCCACCGUGGUAUCCUCCUCGACGUCUCCCGCCACUGGUUCACCAUCAAGGACAUCAAGCGCACCAUCGACGGCCUCGCCAUGAACAAGAUGAACCGUCUGCACCUCCACAUCACCGACACCCAGUCGUGGCCCGUCGAGAUCCCCGCCCUCCCCGAGCUCACCAACAAGGGCGCCUACUCCAAGGGCCUGACCUACAGCCCCGACGAGCUCGCCGACCUCCACGAGUACGCCGUCCACCGCGGCGUCCAGAUCAUCACCGAGAUCGACAUGCCUGGCCACGUCGGCAUCGAGCAGGCCUACCCCGGCCUCUCCGUCGCCUUCAACGAGAAGCCCUACACCUGGUACUGCGCGCAGCCCCCCUGCGGCUCCCUGAAGCUCAACGACACCAAGGUCGAGGAGUUCCUCACCACCCUCUUCGACGACCUCCUGCCCCGCAUCAACCCCUACUCGGCCUACUUCCACACCGGCGGCGACGAGUACAAGGCCAACAACUCCCUCAUCGACCCGGCCCUCAAGACCAACGACCUCACCGUCCUCCAGCCCCUCCUCCAGCGCUUCAUCGACCACGCCCACAAGAAGGUCGCCGAGCACAACCUCGUGCCCUUUGUCUGGGAGGAGAUGCCCCUCGAGUGGAACAUCACCCUGAGCAAGGACACCGUCGUCCAGUCCUGGCUCGGCAACGGCGCCGUCGGCCAGAUCGCCGCCAAGGGCCAGAAGGUCAUUGACUCCAACUACAACUACUAUUACCUCGACUGCGGCCGUGGCCAGUGGCUCGACUUCGACACCCCCGUCUGGUCGACCUACUACCCCUUCAACGACUGGUGCAACCCCAUCAAGAACUGGCGCCUCAUCUACUCGUACGAGCCCCGCGACGGCGUCCCUGACGAGUACAAGGACAACGUCCUCGGCGGCGAGAUGGCCGUCUGGACCGAGACCAUCGACCCCGUCUCCCUCGACACCAUCGUCUGGCCCCGCGCGGGCGUCGCCGCCGAGGUCUGGUGGUCGGGCCGCACCGACGCCCAGGGCAACAACCGCACCCAGUACGACGCCCGCCCCCGCCUCAGCGAGCAGCGCGAGCGCAUGCUCACCCGCGGCGUGCGCGGCACGCCCAUCACCCAGCAGUGGUGCGACAUGAACGUUGUUGGCGACUGUGGCCAGCCCUCGUAA